CUGGUUUCUGCAUAGAAACAUGUCUUCCACUCAGCCCAAUUCCUCUGGAACCAAGAAAAGGACGACGACCUCAACUCUGCAUCCUGGGCUUCAUCAAUAUCCGGCCUUCUAUGCUUGCUACCUACUCCGAUCGUACUACAAGGGAAAGCGAAAUGAAAGGACAUACGUUGGAUCAACCCCAAAUCCACCACGAAGAAUCCGACAGCACAAUGGCGAGCUCAAGGGAGGUGCGGUUCGCACAAAGUACUAUAGACCAUGGGAGAUGGAACUCAUCUGCUAUGGAUUUCCGAGUAAACUGGUCGCACUUCAGUUCGAAUGGGCAUGGAACACCCCGUACAAAUCUAGGCACUUACAAGCUGUAAAACCAACCAAGGAAGAUUCAAAGCAGACCGAACUGGACUCCACAGGUGCUAUUGCGGGUAAGGCUCCAACAGCCACACAAACCAAGAAACCAAUGUUUCCGAGGAGUACUGGCAAUCGAGUAGAAGUAAAGCUGAAAGUCUUAAGGAAGAUGAUGACAACGCUUCCAUGGUCACAAUAUCCGCUUAAGGUUCUAUUUUUCGAUGAGUCUGCUUACCGACUCUGGCUCGAGCAAGCCAAACCCCCUAAAUCAGUGUCCAAGCAGACCUCUACGACUAGCGAUACUUUGGGAGUCAGCGUGCAUCCGAUCGAGGUGACGUUCCGACCGGAAGGCGUGGAUGGAAUGAGAAAAGACCGACAUACUAUACCAUCUUCACCGGACGAUCAACGCAAACCCAUUGAAGUUCAUGAUGAGGAAGCCGUCUUGGAGGAUUAUGAGAAAAUUGAGCUCAUCAAAAAGCGAUGUAAUGGUGACUUAAAAUGUUUCCUUUGUGACCAAUCGAUUGAUGUUGAGGAUCACCUUUCGUAUGUCAAUUGUCGAUCGCCCGAUUGUUUUAUGUCGGCACAUUUGCUGUGCCUAUCUAAACAUCUGCUGGAUGCUUCCACAAUAGACCCCUUGCCACCAUUGACAAUUGGGGAUGAGCCACAACCGUCGCUUCCUCGUGUUUUACCUGACCGUGGGCGCUGUCCAGCCUGUUCGGUCGAUUUCCGCUGGGGCGAAUUAGUCAAAGGCUGUUACAGGCGCAUGCCUAAGAACCAUACUAAGGCACAAAUCUCGGAUGCGGAUGAUGAAGAGGAGGCGGAUUUGGUGUUUCCCUAUGCAGAAGGGGAUAAUCAAUAUCCUAAUUUGAAUGACUAUGGUAACACCUCUGUUACCGAAGACGAGGUGGACCCCAACAUUCGUGGCUCUACAACAAGCUCCCGUGGAUCGAAGCCUGCACCAGCCAAAAAGAAACAGACCUCCUCCCGCAAACCAGUAACCAGUCGAAAGCAGCCGAGCAGUAAGCCGACCGGCAAGAGCCGUUCCGCCAAACCGAAGCCCACCAAACGUACCCAGAGGCCAAUUCCCGAGGAAGAUGAAGAUGAACCGGAGCAAGACUUUGUCAAACUGAUGGAAGAGCUUCAAGUAUCAGACUGAUAUGAUCAGCCCAUGCUCUCGCUAAAUAACUUCAACCCUCAAUUCAUCGAUCGAGCACCAAUGGAUGGCUAGAGAUGUGUUUUAUUAGUAGGCGUUGGUCAUACGUUCGGUACAUAAAUCUAGUGUUUGAUUAUAUUUAUGAAAAAGUGAACAAUUAUUAGACGUGCUGUAAUCUUUUGUAUGGAGUCGUUACUUGUAACAAGAAGGCUCUCAGGACCUUUGAUCUCAAAUUUAUAAAAUUUCACUACCAUGUCCCAACCAAUAUCUAUAGACGUCAAUUAUAAGCUUGCCUCAACCCCAAG